ACAUUGACAUUUUUAGGUGUGUUGUGUUUUGACUUUGACGUUUUGUUAAUUUUGUAAGCAAAAUUGGAAUAAUAUUCAUCGUAUUCGUGAAAAUUUUGGAAGAGCUCUUUAUUUGGGUAUUUACUCAUCCAACAAUUACAACUUAACUGCUUUAAAGGCUAAAAGAUGGGAGAACGCAAAGGCCAGAACCUUUACUAUCCCCCCGACUACGACCCUAAGGUCGGGGGGUUGAACAAAUUCAUGGGGACCCAUGCAUUAAGGGAGAGAGCCAGGAAACUGCACAUGGGUAUCCUGAUCAUCCGUUUUGAGAUGCCGUACAACAUCUGGUGUGAGGGUUGCAACAACCACAUUGGUAUGGGAGUGAGGUACAAUGCUGAGAAGACGAAGAUUGGCAUGUAUUAUACUACCCCGGUGUAUCAGUUCCGGAUGAAGUGUCAUUUGUGUGAUAAUCAUUUUGAAAUCAAAACUGAUCCAGGUAACUUAGACUACGUAAUAGUAUCAGGAGCCAGACGGCAAGAGAACCGCUGGGACCCCACAGAAAAUGGGCAGAUUGUUCCGGAAACUAAAGAGACACAGAAGAAGCUAUUUGACGAUGCCAUGUUCAGGCUGGAACAUAAGACUGGUGAUGAGGAUGCAGCUAAACUUGAUAAACCUAGGUUAGGGAGAUUGGUGGGCAGGAACGAAUCUGUCUGGAAAGAUGAUUAUGAAGCUAACUGCUCUUUGAGAAGGAAUUUUAGAAAAAGAAGAAAAGAACUGGAAGAAGCAUCCGUCAAUGACAGCCUGCUGCUAGCAAAAUCAUCGCUUGACAUAAAUCUUCUACCAGAGAAUGAUGAUGACAAAAACAUGGCCUCCCUCCUUUCACUGCGACCUUCCAGGAGUAUCGAGGAGUCUCAAAAUCAAACGAGGAAUAAGAUCCUUAACAUGCCAGCAUUACCUAGUUCUAGUGGAUUGCUGACCAGCUUUGGAGGCCUGAAGAGAGAAGAAUCAUUGAGUAAGAGUUCUAUGUUAACUAGACAUUCUUUAGGCAUCACUUUUAAGAAGAGUAGAGUAGAUAAUAGUUUGGAUAAGGCUAAAGAUAAAAUAAGUGAAAUCAAUGAUAGAAAAGAAGUUGAGGAUAAAAGUGAAAUUGAGGAUAAGAAUGCAAUAGAAGAAACAAUUGUUAAAGAUGACAAUGAUGAGGAUUUCGAAAAUGUUCAUGUUAAUGAUAAUAUUGUAAAAGAUGAAAAAGUUGAAAUUUGUGACCCUAAAAUAGGAAAAUUUGAGAAUUUAGAAACGGAAUAUGAAGAAAAAUAUACAAUAGCUGAUGCAGAAGAUAAAAUAAGUGUUCCUAAAUUUGAAAAAUCUGAGAAUAUAGAAACAGAUUGUGAAGAAAAAUAUACAAAAGCUUAUAUAGAAGAUGAAAUUAAAAAUGUUUUUGAAAAUACCACUGAUGAUAAAGAAGAAGUCAAAUGUAAAAAGAUAUCUUUAGUUUGUGAUUAUAGCUCUAGUGGAGAAGGCUCUGAUGGUUAGCCAGUUAUUUAAUUUCACUGCAUUUUGAAAGCAGAGUUAUAAAAUGCUUAGACCCUAAUUAAACUUAUGGCCUAUUUGAAUGGAUGAAAGUUAGAAGGCACAAAAGUAUAAAUGAAUAUGUUUGAUUAUGUUAAAAUCAUUUAGUCAAAUGGCUGAAUCAAAACCAGCACUUUUUAAAUGUAUGAAAAGUACAAAGAUAAUGUCCUUAACGCCUGCCCUAUACCACUUCCUAUGUGAGAAGAAGAGAUGGAGCAAAUAAACUCCUCAGUAACACAUGUCUGUUUGGUUUGAAGAACCUUUGAACUAAUUUGUAAGUUUCUGUUAUUGUGACAUUACUUUAUUUCCUACCUUGUAAUAUAAGCACUGAUUACAAUAUAAUGAAAUUUUAUAGAUACAUUAUAUUCUAUAAUUUGCGUAAUCAGAGCACCUGUUAAUACUAAAAGUAUAAAUUACAGAUGAAAUUGUAUACAAAAAGGAUAUAUUUAUUUAUUGAAAUAAAACACCAAAUAUCAGAUUCA